UCAAACAGCAUGACUGCAGUUAUUGUCAUCCUAGCUGCUGUGAUUGUCCUGGUCAUUGGAUUUGGGUUGGAAGGAAAACACUCCAUCACCGUGACGACGCUGACAUCUCCAGGGAACAUCGGCCAGCGUGGUGUCCUGGGCUGCACUUUGGAGCCCGACAUCCAGAUGAGCAGCAUUGUGAUCCAGUGGGCCAAGGCGGGGGUAGCCGGGCUGGUUCCUGAGUUCAGAAGUGGGAAGGACCAGCUGCAAGAGCAAGACGUGUUGCUUCAGGGCUGCAUGGCAGUGUUUGCGGACCAGCUGGUUGGUGGCAGCGCUUCGCUGGAGCUGAGGGAGGUGCAGCCCUCCGAUGCUGGCACCUACCAGUGCUCGGUCACCGUGGCCAGAGGGAGCGGAGCGGCAGAGCUGCAGUACCGAAAGGGAGCUUUCAGCAUUCCCAAGGUCCGCUUGGAGAACAGCAGCAGCGGGGACACGUUACGGUGCGAAGCACCACGCUGGUUCCCUCAACCUGCUGUGCGCUGGACAGCCCACAGUGACUCUGGGGAGCACCUACCUCACGUUGCCAACACCAGCUAUGAGCCGAACGCUGAAAACACUCUGAAAGUGGUUUCCUUUCUGCACAACGUUACUGCUAAUGUCACCUACACCUGUGUGAUUGAAAACAACAUUGCCAAGGCUACAGGCAACAUCAAAGUGACAGAUUUCACCAUUACAAGGAGGACCAACUUGCAGCUGGUGAACCUGAAUGCAAAGUCAGUGUCUUCCUCCCUUCCAGCUUGUCACUGGACACUUCUGCUUCCCCUGUAUCUGCUGUUGAUAUAA